UAACAUCAAAUUCCAUAAGCACCUUUUUUUUUUAAAGCUAGAGAUUUCUCCAUCUCUUUCUCAUGGCAAAAUCCUCCAUUUUUAGAGUUCUUGAUCACUGCAAAAUUUCUCCACCACCCAAUUCAUCUCCACCAACUACUCUCCCUCUAACUUUCUUGGACAUCCCUUGGCUUUUUUUCUCUCCAAGCCAACCUCUCUUCUUCUACGAAUACUCUCACUCCACCUCUCACUUCAUUUCCUCCACUCUCCCCAAUCUCAAGCACUCUCUCUCUCUUGCGCUCAACCAUUUCUUCCCUUUUCUUGGCAAUCUUGUGAUUUCUCCUUGUGAUUCUUACAAGCCCAAGAUUGUUUACACUUCAGGGGAUUUUGUCUCAUUUUCUGUUGUAGAGUCUAGUGGAGAUUUCAGGUUCUUUACUAGUAACCAUGGAAGAGAUGUGCAUGAGUUCUAUCCUCUUGUGCCUGAGUUGGGGACUCAUAGUGUAGCAACUGGCAAAGAAGGAUUCAUUCCUUUGCUUGCAGUGAAAGUUACAAUUUUUCCACAAAUGGGUAUUUGUAUUGGGCUUGCAUUUCACCAUGUAGCUGCUGAUGGAAGAACAUUCAACAACUUCAUCAAAGGAUGGGCUUCACUGUGUGCAAAUUCUUGUUUCUUGUUCAAUUCUUCUCCAUCUUUUGACAGGUCCGUGAUAAAAGAUGAAUAUGGGCUUGAGGAGAUUUUCUUGAAGGAAUUAUGGAAGAGAAAAUCUUCACAAGAAAUGGUGAUUGGUACUGAAACCCAUGUAGAUUUAUCAAACAUGGUUAGAGCAACAUUUGUUGUGAGCUCACUAGAUAUGGAGAAGAUCAAGAAAUGGAUCAUUAGUAAAUGCAAGAAAAAGGGUCAGCCACUGCCUAUCCAUUUAUCUCCAUAUGUAUUAACUUGUUCUUUUACAUGGGUUUGCUUAGUAAAAGCUCAAACUCAAAAGGACCAACUUGAAAACUACCAUUCAGAAGAAGAUCCAAUUCAUUUUGGGUUCAUUGCAGGCGGGUUAACCCGGUUGGACUACCGAAUACCCGCUUCAUAUUUUGGUAAUUGUGUAGGAUUUGGAAGAUCAACAGCAAGUAGAAGGGAAUUAAAAGGAGAAGAUGGGAUUAUAGUUGCUGCAAAUGUGAUUGGAGACAUGAUCAAGAAAUUGGAUAGAGAAAUUUUUUGUGGGGCAGAAAGAUGGAUCUUGGAUUGGGAAGUGUUAUUCGGGUCGGAGAUCCAUGUUAUGGUUUCUGGGUCACCUAAAUUGAAUCUCUAUGAGACAGAUUUUGGGUGGGGUAGACCUAAGAAAAUAGAAGAAAUUUCAAUUGAUAAGAGCAGAGCCAUUUCACUUACUGAAAGUAGAGAUGUAGAAAGUGGAAUAGAGGUUGGAUUAGCUUUGCAUGAAAGUGAAAUGGAAGUGUUUAGCUCAUUUUUUGUCGAAGGUCUUAAGAUUCUUCAAUAAUGACAUUCUCUUUCUUUCUCCUUUUUCAUAA